GAAAAAAAGGAAAGGACAAUACGGAGACGAGGAGGAGAGAUGGAGGAGGAAAAGGAGGAGGAGGAGGAGGAGGAGGAGGAGGAGGAGGAAGGGGAAGAUGUGGAGGAGGAGGAGGAGGAGGGGGAGGAGGCGGACCCGAUUCCGUGGUUCCGGAAGUUCGAGCUCAAGUUGCAGCUACACCACAUCAGCGAGGACAAGCAUCACACGUACUUAUACUCCCGGUCGGGGGGCGCGUGCCAAGCAUGGUUGCAUUGGUUGGACAAUCUCUUGUCCAAGUACGGGGUGGUAGCUGCCGACUUGUACACCAAGAUCAGUUGGGAUGAUCUAAAGGCGGUGUGGCAUAAGUGGUUCCAAGUAGAGCCGGCGGAGAUCAAGGCAAUGGACAAAUUGCUGACCUUCGAACAAGGCAUGCUGCUGAGUGUUGACUGGAUUGCCGAGGACCAACACUUGACAUCCGUCCCAGGCAUUCAGAUGGGCUUCAAGGCCAUCAAACACUACUUCAUCACGAGGUCGUGUCCGGCGUUGGGCAAUGCCUUGACUCACGUCGAGGACAUCCUAACGACAAUGGCAGAGCUCUUCAACAAGGCCGCGCAGAUCAUUGUCACGAACAAGGAGGCUAAGAACCUCAAUCGUUCGUCUGCGGCAGGCCCGAGCAGAGAUCAACAUCGGUCUCUUCGUACGGAAGAAGAACAAGGAUCUACGAUUAUCCUACCUCAACAGCAGCCGAUUAACAGGAUUCAUCACAGACGAAGUAUAGGCGGUACAAGGACAUUUGGUAAUGUGGCUCGGCAGCCCAAUAAAGAUAUUUAUGACGAUGAUGAAACACCAUGCCAUGGUGUUUCACAUCCGAUUCCCUUGGGGCCUGGCAGAAUCAGGUCAACAUCUAGGAUGAUGGUGCAAGAGUCGCCAGCUUUCAGGAGCUCUCCAAAUGCUGCCAACAAGGGCAAUCCACGUGUGGCAGCCAUGAUCAGCCAUGAACUGAGUGGCAGAGAAAGUGGUGUGACAGUGGCAGAGGUGCACACCAUGGAAAUGGGCUCACAGCAAAGCCUUCUCCCACGGACUGAUGGGCCUAGUGGGGGAGUUGGGUGGACACAAAGUCUUGAGCUGUCGCAAUUUGGCUGCACUGAAGAAGUGGGAACGUUCCACCAAAACUCACAUAAGAAAAUUGAUGUUGACAGCAAUUACAAACUCGUGGCGGUCCAGAAGGUGGUCCCCGAGCCGGAAAAUGCCACCUUGUCGGAUAGAGGCAGAUCAUCCUUGUUUGAAGCAAAAGCAGUGAGCCCUGAAUCAUUUUGUGGAGGGAGACCAGGAAGGAAACGCCCGAAGAACAGAGGGCCAGGAGGGGGAAGGGCAAUGGAAAUCAGCACGUCUGAUGAGGACGCAGACCUACAAAUCCUGGCUAAUUGUGUCAGAGAAACAAGAAGCAUGCAGGAGGAGAACAUACAAGUUCCAUCACCACCACAAAGACAGCAUGAGUGUGAUGCAUCUGAGCCUCCAGGAUUGGAGUAUGCAAAAUGCCCACAGAUCUCAGAAAAUCCCUCACUUGCAGGAGCAGAUGAUGGUGAGGGAGGAAGUGGCCUGGAUGUUGUACGUGGCUUGAGUGACGAGAAGCAAAAUGCGGUGAAGUACCAAGAAGGGAAUGUCAGAGACACAAGAGUAGAUGGAUCCAGCACAGGGCGACCACAGAAGAGGCAUGCUAUCAGAGAAAGAGGGCAUGGCGGGGUUGAUUACUCACACAGAGAGAAAAACAAGAACACUGAACGCAUAACUGGAAUGUUUCUAAGAGUUUUCCGAUCAUGGGUCGAGGCACAGAGAGGGUCGGAGAAUUAUCACACCUACAAGAAGCCCUUGCAUGAACAGACUAUUUCUGAGCUCAACAUCACCCUUUCGAAUCUUGUAAUGAGUGUUCGGAAGAAGGUGCCAGACAACACACAGGCAGAUCCGUAUGCAUACCCACCAAAAACAUUGAGAGGCAUGAUAUUGGCAUUGGAGCGGCACCUUCGAGACGUUGUGAGAAUGUCCAACUUGGAGAAUGGUACCUCCAUUCUUCCCUAUUCUUUCCUAGGUAAAGAUGCACGCUUUGCUCCAUUUCAGAUGUCGUUCGAAAGACGAUGCAAGGAACUUGCUGGUCGUGGGAUUGGCACUGUUGCAAAGAGAUCAGCUCCGAUCAUGACAAGAGAGAAGGAAGAGGAGAUGCUUGCUGGGAGCAUGAUGGACCGUCGUACACCUGAAGGCUUGCAGAAUCGUGUUGCAUGGCAUCUUGUGAAGGGAAUGGGCAUACGCAAGAGGAAUGAGCUCAAGGCUGUCAGGUAUUGCGAUUUGCGUCGCGGAGUGUCGGAGACUGAAGACGGCAAUCGCCACUUUUGGGAAUAUAUAGAUCCCAUAACUAAAAGGGCUCAGAGGAUCUAUGACACUCCGUGGGCUCCAAAGGACUGCCCUGUAGCAGACAUCGAUGAGUACAUGGAAAAGAUGAAGUCGUUCCCUCCAAACGAACAGCUGUUGAAGACUCCUUUGAGAAAUCCGCCACCCACAGGAUGGGCAAGCACGCUUCGGUGGUAUGGAGGGUCGCCGAUGGGUAUUAACAUGAUUGGAAUGAUUUUCAGAAGAUGUCAGGUGGGGGCAGGACUGACAACAAGCAAUGCAGGAAGUGCUCCGUGUUUGUGGAGAUUAACAGUGACUGUAGGAGGGAGCAGUACCCAUCAAGAGGAUAGCUAUCAGGCUGACGAUAAUGGCAGUGGGCGUGCUCUCAGGCAUGAACCAGGUAAGUAUCAUAGCGAGCAGGAGGAAGGGCUUGGGGAUGGAAGAGACGGAGGAGCAGCCCCUACUGUAGCAGCAGCAAGAGGAGGAGGAGGAGGAGGAGGAGGUAGCAGCGAAAUAACGAUAAUGGGAAAGAGGCCUGUUCCUGUAGAUUGGGGACAAGAUAAGGAUCAGGAUCGUGCUUCUAUUGCCAGGUCGGAUGCACUUGCAGUUCACCCGAGGCCUCCUGGCUGGGGUGCAAUCAAGCACCGGCGAAUCAGCAUAGAGCCUGACAAACAGGAUCAGGAGAUCUUCCUACCAUCGUCAUCCAAAACUCUCAUGGAAACAAGCAGAGAGAGAGGUGACGAUAGUGAGAUUACAGCAUCGCGGCCAUCUGAUAGCGUUGAGAUGACUGUACUGCAGACAUCCACAGGCAGAGCUAGGUCCGUAGCUGGAGGGGGUUCAUUUGCAUCGGGAUCUGUGAUAGUGUGUAGUCCAUCCUCGCAUCCACGUGCAUCAAUGUCCCCAGGCCUCCGCUUUCGGAAUUCAGGAGGAUGGGGCCGCGAUGGUGACAGGAAUGUGUUCCUUGGCGAUCCUGUGGAAAGGUCAGGGUUGGGGUCAGGGUCAGGGCUGGAGGUGGGACCAGUCCGGCCCUCGGCUGAGGAUGAUUGGGUCACUCCCUUGGCCCCUUUCUCUUCUUCUCCGGGACAUGGUCAGCUUGCAACCGUGUCAGGUCUAGGCCAAGGAUCUCCAGGACACAUUUCAGCGAAGGGAUCAGCAUCGUCGCAAUCAGAAAGGAGAGCCCCAGAUACGCACAUGGCUGAGAAGCUGCCACGUAGUCAUGGUCGACUGCUGCUGCUGAAUAGGAGUAUGGCAGGCAUGCCGAAGCCAAAAGACGAGAGGACAGAAGAUGUGCUUUUCGAAGGCAUGCACAGUGAUGGGGGCGAUGACCAUAAGAGAGGCAAGGAGGAAGAAGAGCAGCUCGCAAGGAAAUUCAGGGAGCAGGGUCUUCUGCCGGAGGAACAGAGUGGAGGGGGGGGAGUAACCAGUGGAGAUAGAGAUGGAGACAGAGGAAGCUAUGGUAACGCGAAUGGGGAGGAUGACAGGGAUCUUCUUGUAGGUCAUUCUAAAAAGGUUGUAGAGUGCAAGGGUCAACUCAAGUGGAGGGAAGAAGUUGGUCAUCAUAGAGGCAGUAGUCGAAAACUGACGGGAAGGGGGAGGAGAAGGGGAAGGAGGGGAGAAGAUGAUAACGGCAGUGAAUCCCAAGCGGGAGUGGUGGUGUUGGUCGAGGACGAGGAGGAGGACGAAGACGAGCAGGAAGUCGACAGAUGUGGUCAAGCACGUGGAGGCGGUAAUGGACAACCAGUCAGAGAAGGGGCCAGGCAGCCUGCCUUAACCAUCUCUCAAGAUCAGUCAUUUCCCGACAAAAUGGAAUCUUGUGGUGGCAACAGUGUUAGCAUUGAACCAUGCAGUCAGUCCAUGGCAGACGUCAUGGAUGCAGAGGAUGAGUGUGUCAGGGCUUCCACAGCAGAUGCCGCACGUCAGGUUUGCCCAUCGCUUCGGUCUCCUGGUAGACAGGAAGAUGGCAAGUCAUCAUCUGCACCAAAGCCCAGCAGCAGACAUGCAUCGUAGGUACCGAACUGCCGUGUAGAACCGGGGCAGACCCCUCCUACGUCCUGAAGCAAAGAAGGGAACGUGUUGAGAUACAUAGGCCCCCCUUUGGGAACAGUCGCCUUGCUGGGUGAGAAUAUUCUGCACCGACCGGUUUAGACCGCUUACCAGGCAGGCAGGCAAAGCAUUGUUGUUUUCAAGAACAGUGAUCUCCAUGCUACGUGCACGGGAAUGGAUGAGCCGCACACGUCGGGCUCAUUACAGUUCUAUCAGAGCGCAGAGAGUUAGAAGAGGACCACAAAUGGCGGCGAUUGUUGCAUCAUGCAGUUUUGGUCAAUGGAAUGCAUGUCCAAUCCGAGAAUCGAACACACAACCAACGGCUUGUCAAUGGUAUGGCUUGAUCGAUCAAAGAAGGAAGGGAAGACUUCUUCGAAAGUCUUUGAACAGAGGAUUCCGCGCUUUGCACGAUGCAUGACGCAAGAAGCCAGCAGUCAUUGGGUCACUUUUUUUAUUGAAUGUCAGCAUCCGGAGAAGGUACAGCAGAGAAUUACUGUCGUGUGGACAGGAUUCUGUCUUUUCACGGCAGGCAGGGAUAGAACGCUGCAAAUUUCGUCAGCGAAUGGGAGAAAUGGAGAUAUCUAUGACGAAGAUCAGGGUCGUGGGUCCUGCGGAAGGCUAGGUGUAGUCGGGCAGUCCGUCAAAAGGUGAUAUCUUUCGAGGAAAUGGGGAUGGAAUUUAGACUCAUGGAAGAGAUGGAAGCUAAGAGCAGAAUGGAGAAUAGCGUUGAGAAAGCUGGGCAAGGAAUUAGAGGAGCAGAAAAAAGAACUCCAUUUUGAAGAGCCUCUGGCUCCAUGAGGAGAAAAAAGCUGAAAUAAAGGGUAAAAAACCCUCGUCUCUGGUACUUGUAGUAGACUAGUAGUAUGGAUACGGAUCCGCCUCUGGGAGAGAGGGUGGAUGAGGAUGCAUGCUUGGAUAGGGGCUCUAUAUGGCCUUCCCACCCCCCCCGUGUUUGACAUCUUAUCGGAUCUGAAGCCCCGAUGGGAAAAACGAGCUUUUAUUGCAGGACAAAUACUCGACAAGUGGACAAAGUGUUUUUGAAAGGUAAAGAAAAGGUCAAGGGAAGAGCCGGGGCUAGGUCCCACUUGCUCGAAUUAAGAGAUCCUGACCGUAGAUAGCAAAGAUCAGCGGCCGAAAUCUCCCAAUCCGUGCAAGUGGGACCUUGCCCCCGGUGAUUAGAUACUAGCAGACGGGAAUUAGGGAGAGUAAUAUUUCUAGGGUUUUUUCACACAUGGUUCAGGCAGUUCACAGUAGGGAACUGAGAAGGAUAUUCCAGACUGAUGAUUUUAAGGGACGCUGGACCCGCUUUCCAGCAGGUACUGCUUCUCACCAAUAGAUCGGAGCCACGAACCAAGCUGCUAGGGGUGAAUGCUCAUACCAUCACUCCUAGCAAACUUGGUGGUUGUUAAAAAAAAAAAAAAAAAAAAAAAAACUGAUUUUAAGACUGUGUUGCUGCAGGGGAUAGUUUGGAUAGAGAUGGGAGGGGAUUGACUCAAGAGUAUGGGCAAAAAUGACGGUCAAUCCUUCACAAAGAAGUAAUCAAUGCCGUCAUGGAUC